AUGCAGAAUCAAGCAGAAAAGAUGACGGAGGUUUUAAGUAAUAAAUUUGAAAUUUUAAGUAAUAUUGGAAAUGGAAGUUUUGGGAAUGUUGUUCUUGCACGUUUAAAAAAUUCUAAUUGUUCAGAACGAUCAUUGGUUGCUAUCAAAACUAUGAAAAAAACAUUUCAGACGGUUUCAGAUUGUCUUAAGCUUCGAGAAAUACAGUCGUUAUAUAAACUGCCUCCCCAUCCACAUAUCAUUUCUAUAUAUAAUAGUUUUCUUGAUCCUACAACAAAACGAUUGCAUAUGGUUAUGGAACAUAUGGAAGGAAAUUUAUAUCAACUUAUUAAGUCUAGAAACAAAAAGGUUUUUAAUGUCCAAACUAUACAAAACAUAUUAUAUCAGGUUUUGUCAGCCAUAAAACAUAUUCAUGAUCACAAUUUCUUCCAUAGAGAUAUCAAGCCAGAAAAUAUUUUAGUUUCUUCUGUUUCAAAUCAAAAGUUAUCAGAAUUACCGAAUUUGAAUAAUAAAUUUCAAACGCAUUCAGAAGAUGUAACGUAUAUAAUUAAGCUUGCAGAUUUUGGAUUAGCUAGAGAAAUUACAUCUCAACCACCUUAUACAUCAUAUGUUUCGACAAGAUGGUAUCGUGCUCCAGAGGUACUUCUUCGUGCCAAUGAAUAUUCUGCACCUGUUGAUAUCUGGGCUUUUGGAGCAAUGGCUGUUGAGUUGGCUACUUUUCGUCCUUUAUUUCCUGGAACAAAUGAAAUUGAUCAAAUAUGGAGAAUUUGUGAAAUUAUGGGUAGUCCUGCUACAUGGAUUCAUACUGACAAAAAUAUUGAAAUUGGAGGCGGGGAAUGGAAAAAAGGAUUAAAAUUAGCCGAAAAACUUGGUUUUUCUUUCCCAAAGAUUCCUCCAAUAUCUUUGGAAACUAUUUUGUCAGAUUCAUGGCCUUCAUCAUUUGCGUCCUUUAUUAGAUGGACAAUGCAGUGGGAUCCUCUUCGAAGACCUAGUUGUAUACAAGGUCUUGAACAUCAAUUCUUUCAUAAAAUUAACAAUUCACCAGAAAUACAGAUUAUAGAAAGCACAAAUUGUAUUUCUACAUCUUCACAAUCUUUGCAAAAAAAGUUAAAUACUGAACUCAAAAAUUUUCAAGAUAACAAAAUAAAAACUGAUACAAACAAAGCAUUGUUUAUAAAUGAAAAACAUUUAGAUAUUUGUUCUCAACUUCAAAAAAGACUAUCUUUUAGUUUACGACAUUUUUUGUUUCGUAAAAAAUAUAAAACAACACUAGAGUCUAAAAGGCUGAAACUUAAAGAUAUUUCAAAUGAUAAUUUUUUAGAACUCAAAACAAAUUCAUGGAAACUGAGAUCUAAAAAUCGUUGCUACUGUUCAAUUUGCAAAAACAGAACUUUAAAUUUAGAAGCAUUAAAAGAAUCUAUAGUUCCUAAAAAAAAUAAUCAAACAUCAACAGAAAUAUUAAGAAAACCUAGUUUAUACCAAGGAAAUACUAUAUCUAUUAAACCACUCAUUGCUAAUAAAAGACAACUAGAAAAUGCUAAUAUACAAAUGGGUUAUCCUCUACUUAAUUCAAUUAUGUUAAAUACAGAAAAUUCAAUAGUAAAUUAUCCAAAAAAAAAAGAAUAUGAUAUGGGGGUUUCUCUAGAUUUACAUAAAAAAGAGAAGCAAUUAAAAAAACCAGAUUUGAACACUUUAUAUAGUUUUAAAACGAACAAUCGGCAUAUAAAUAAUCCCCCAAAUAUUCUAGCUUUCCGAACAUUUCAAACAUCAGAUCAAAGUUUAAAAGCUUUUAGUAUAAAAUCAAAUAAAAAAAACACUGAAGAGGCUGUACAGACUGCCUAUAAUUCAAUUAUAUCUGCUAAAAAGUUUCAUGCUAAUAUAUCUCAAAACAACCCAUCAUGUUCUAUUAAUCAACAUAAAUUAAUCAAUGGACUCACUUCAUUUGAAACUGAAAAUUCUAAACUAUUAAAUGUUUUAAAUCAUGAUACUUCAUAUGAACAUAAUAUAAAUGAAAGCAAACAUGUGAAAAACACAUUAUGUUCUACUUGUAUAGCAAGAAGAGUAAAAGGAAUAGAUGCUAGAGUAGAAAAAAACAAAAACCAUUGCUACAAUUAUUGUCCUUAUGAAUAUGAUAUAGAAAGUGAAAAAAAAAAGAAACAGUUUUUAACAGAUUCAAAAAACAAAUUACUUUUAAAACACAUUUCUCGGCCAUUUAAUAUAUCUAAACUAUAUUCUAAUUUGAACAUCAUGAACCAAAAGUCAGCAUGUACGAGUCUACAAAAUAAUAAUUCUUUAAAAUACGAAAAUAAGUACAAACAAAAUAUUUUAAUAAGGAAAAAAAAACCACUAGUCGUAUACCAAGUUCAAUUUAAAAUUAAACACCCUUAG